AUGGGGCCGGGGGGUCACUAUGGGGCCGGGAGUGGUGCCUAUGGGUCCCUACGGGCCCGGGGGGGUCCCGCUGCCCCGCUCGCGCUCUAUGGGGCUGGGGCAGGAAGCGCCGGUGGGGGGGGGGGCGGGCAGGAAGUGACAUCACGGGGCGGGGGGGAGGGGGGGGCCGCAGGGGGGACCCCGACACCCGCCCGCGGCCCGCGCAGGCCCGAGCGGGACCGGAGCCGCCGCGUCCGUAGCGCCGGCGCCCGCGGGGGGAGCGGGGCCCCCCCCCGAGCACCGGGACCCCCCCGAGCACCGGGACCCCCCCCCGGGAGUAGCUCGGGGGUGGGGGCACCGGACCCCCCCCCAGCGCCAGACCCCCCCCAUGGGAUGGAGCUGAGGGGCCACAUCCUGCCCCCCGGCACGCACAGCCCCGCAGGGCCGGGCACGGGGCGGCUGCAGGAGCUGCGGGAGCGGCAGCGGGGGCUGCGCCAGGGUGACCCAAUGCCCCACGGAAGGGACCCCAAUGCCCCCCCCCGCCCCCCCCCACCCCGGGGGUGCUGUGGAGGGCGCUGGGCUCCGCUGACCCCCCCCGUGGCGGCAGAGCUGAGCGAGCACGAGGUGUCGGCGGUGGUGACGGGCCCGUCGGGGCAGGCGGUGGCGGCGCAGGCGCUGGAGGGCGACGGCGGCACCUACAGCAUCCGGUUCGUGCCGGCCGAGACCGGCGUGCACUCGGUCAGCGUGAAGGACCGGGGCCAGCACGUGCCCGGCAGCCCCUUCCAGUUCACCGUGGGGCCGCUGGGCGAGGGGGGGGCUCACAAGGUGCGAGCCGGGGGACCCGGACUGGAGCGCGCCGAGGCGGGGGUGCCAGCCGAGUUCAGCAUCUGGACGCGGGAGGCGGGCGCCGGCGGCCUCUCCAUCGCCGUGGAGGGGCCCAGCAAGGCCGAGAUCGCCUUCGAGGACCGCAAGGACGGCUCCUGCGGCGUCUCCUACGUGGUGCAGGAGCCGGGUGACUACGAGGUGUCGGUGAAGUUCAACGAGGAGCACAUCCCCGAGAGCCCGUUCGUGGUGGCGGCGGCGGCGCCGUGUGACGCUGCGCGGCGCCUCACUGUUUCUAGCCUUCAGGAAUCGGGGCUCAAGGUUCACCAACCCGCCUCCUUCGCCGUGAGCCUCAACGGGGCCAAGGGGGCGCUGGACGCCAAAGUGCACAGUCCCUCGGGGGCCCUGGAGGAGUGUCACAUCACCGAGGUCACCGAAGACAAGUACGCGGUGCGGUUCAUCCCGCGGGAGAACGGGGUCUAUUCCAUCGACGUCAAGUUCGAGGGGUCGCACAUCCCCGGGAGCCCCUUCAAGGUGCGCGUUGGGGAGCCGGGGCAGGCCGGGGACCCGGGGCUCGUGUCGGCCUAUGGGCCGGGCCUGGAGGGCGGCACUACAGGCUCCCCGGCAGAGUUCGUGGUGAACACGUCCAAGGCGGGCCCCGGGGCUCUGGCCGUCACCAUCGACGGCCCGUCCAAGGUGAAGAUGGAGUGCCGGGAGUGCGCCGAGGGCUACCGCGUGUCCUACACCCCCAUGGCCCCCGGCAGCUACCUCAUCGCCAUCAAGUUUGGGGGCCCCCACCACAUCGUGGGCAGCCCCUUCAAGGCCAAGAUCACCGGCCCGCGCCUCGUGAGCAGCCACAGCCUCCGCGAGAGCUCCUCGGUGCUGGUGGACGCCGGCGGGGGGGGCGCAGCGGCAGCAGGCGCGGGGGGGGCGCCCCCCGGAGGCCCCCCCCCGGGCUCGGACGCCGGGCGCGUGGUGGCCAAAGGGCUGGGGCUCAGCAAGGCCUUCGUGGGGCAGAAGAACAGCUUCACCCUGGACUGCAGCCGCGCCGGGAACAACAUGCUGCUGGUGGGGGUGCAGGGCCCGCGCUGCCCCUGCGAGGAGAUCGUGGUGAAGCACUUGGGGAACCAGCUCUACAACGUGAGCUACAUCCUGCGGGAGCGCGGGGACCACCUCCUGGUCAUCAAGUGGGGCGACCAGCACGUCCCCAACAGCCCCUUCCGCGUCACCGUGCCCUGAGGGGGGGCCCGCACCCCCCCACGGCCACCCCCAGCCCCGCUAGGGCACCCCCAGACCCGCUACGGGGACCCCCAGAUCCGUUCUUGGGGGGACUCGACCCAGUCUGGGGACACCCAAAUGGCGCUUUGGGGACACCCAAACCCGCUAUGGGGGGACUUCAACUCACUAUGGGACCCACAGACCCACUAUGGGACCCACAGCCACACUUUGGGGGGACCCACAGACCCACUUCGGGGGGACUCAACCCAGUUUGGGGACCCACAGACCUGCUAUGGGGGGACUUCAACUCGCUAUGGGACCCACAGCCACACUAUGGGGACCCACAGCCACACUUUGGGGUCACCCAGACCCACUUUGGAGACCCACAGACCCACUUUGGGGUGAUCCAGACCCACUUCAGGGGGACUCAACCUACCUUGGGGUGACCGAGACCCACUAUGAGGACACCCAGCCCCACUUCGGGGUGACAUCGCCCCACUUGGGGACAUCCAGCCCCACUUUGAUGACCCCCAAGCCCCACUUUGGGGACUGAACCCCACUUUGGGCCCCUCCCCCCACUUCAAUGACACCACCCUCCCCCCUUUGGGACCCCCCCGCUUUGGGGACCCCCUCCCACUCUGCCCCCCACCCCCACCCCAGGGUCCCGCUUUGGGCCCCACCACUGCCGCCCCCCACCUCUCCCACCCCCCCCGCCACUUCCCCUCCCCCCUCCCCCCUCCGCCGCCAUUUUGGCCCCUCCCCCCCGCCCCUCCCCCCCCUUUGUGGUUUUUUUUUUUCUUAUUUUAUUGGAAUUUUGUACCAGCCGCGGGGGGGCCCCUCCCCCCCCCUCCCCCCCAAUAAACUCGUUCUGCUUCA